GUAGAGAUUUUGGGGGAGCGACUUUUUAACUCCCGUUGUUGGCGACUUGGCGUCAUCUUCCACAGAGACAACCCAAUUUCCUGAACGCCCAGAAACUUCUGCAGACGAUCGGUGCAGCAUCGGAAGAUCCAUGGGCAUGGAGGAAGAAGCACAAAUUAUGCUCAUCUCUCCGGCGGAGCCCAAAGGUAGUCCAGUCAAGGACCAGCAAGCCGCCGGAGUUGGAAUCCUCCUUCAGAUCAUGAUGCUUGUUCUCUCUUUCGUUCUCGGUCAUGUUCUUCGCCGGCAUAGAGUCUAUUUUCUUCCCGAAGCCAGUGCUUCUCUUCUCAUCGUGGCGAGGUCUCGUGUGGCCGUUUUGCGAAACGGAAUGAGUUAGCCAAGUUUCCUCAUGUUCUACUUCUGCAGGGCGUGGUUCAACUUUCACGAGGAAUUUUUCUUCCUUUUCCUUUUGCCUCCGAUCAUCUUUCAGUCAGGAUUUAGUCUCUCACCUAAGCCUUUCUUCUCAAACUUUGGGGCAAUUGUGACGUUUGCUAUCCUGGGAACCUUUAUAGCCUCGGUUGUUACCGGUGGUCUUGUUUACCUCGGUGGAUUAAUGUUUCUCAUGUACCGGCUUCCUUUUGUUGAAUGUCUUAUGUUUGGUGCUCUUAUUUCGGCAACAGAUCCUGUCACUGUCCUGUCCAUUUUUCAGGAACUUGGCACAGACGUGAACCUUUAUGCUUUGGUGUUUGGAGAAUCUGUACUGAAUGAUGCCAUGGCAAUUUCCUUGUACAGAACAAUGUCCUUGGUUAGAAGUCAUGCUUAUUCUGGAAAGAACUUUUUCUUUGUGAUUGUUAGAUUUCUUGAGACUUUUGUUGGCUCACUGUCAGCAGGUCUUGGAGUUGGAUUUACGUCUGCAUUGCUUUUUAAGUAUGCUGGAUUGGACAUUGACAAUCUUCAAAAUUUGGAGUGCUGUCUUUUUGUUCUUUUCCCGUAUUUCUCGUACAUGCUUGCAGAAGGUUUUGGUUUGUCUGGUAUUGUAUCAAUAUUGUUCACAGGAAUGGUGAUGAAGCAUUAUACAUAUUCAAACUUAUCAGAGUCUUCACAACAAUUUGUUGCGGAAUUCUUUCACUUAAUAUCAUCUCUGGCGGAGACAUUUAUAUUUAUAUAUAUGGGCUUAGAUAUUGCAAUGGAGCAACAUAGCUGGUCACAUGUUGGAUUCAUUUUUUUCUCAAUUCUAUUUAUUGGUGUCGCAAGGGCUGCAAAUGUCUUUUCUUGUGCAUAUUUAGUCAACUUAGUUCGGCCUGCACAUCGAAAAAUACCUUCAAAUCAUCAGAAGGCACUUUGGUAUAGUGGACUUCGUGGGGCUAUGGCGUUUGCUCUUGCUCUUCAAUCAAUCCAUGAUCUUCCAGAUGGACACGGGCAGACAAUUUUCACUGCAACUACUGCAAUAGUUGUAUUGACGGUGUUACUUAUUGGAGGUUCAACUGGUACGAUGCUAGAAGCUUUACAAGUUGUAGGUGACAGUGAUGACCAUGAAUACUCUUUGACUGAAAACUCUGAUGUGAGCAAUGGCUACAUUGCUCCUGAUAGUGAUGAAGGAUCAUCAAGGAGUAGAAUCAAAAUGAAACUUAGAGAGUUCCAUGAGAGCACUGCAUCAUUUACAGCUUUGAAUAGGAACUACCUGACCCCAUUCUUUAAGAGUCGCAGUGGUGAUGAUGAAGAAAAUGAUAACAUAGGGGCACGAAUCCGUGGUUCUUGAAAGUUUGUUUCGGGCACGACUAACACUUAUUAUAGAAAGGUAGUAUUGAGAAAGAUCGUACAAGCUGGAGAACUUUGUGAAUACUGUAGGCAUCCGCUCUGGAAUUAGGUGGAUACAAACCGAUCGAGCAUGCAGAAUGGAAGUUUCGACUUCGACUGAAUGAUUACAAUAGUAAUGAAUUCAUUACAUGCCUUCUGCUGCGGAAUUGGAAUGAAUAAAUGAAGUAGAAAAGUUGGGGUUUAAUCAAAUGACUAAGAUGAUGGAAACAAAUUCUUUACAUAGGUUUUGUUAUGGACAGUACCAAUGAUGUGGAAAUUAUAGUUUAAACAUUACCUUUUAUCUCUAUGCUUAUUUAGAAUUUUCGAACUUGUAUGUAAGAUUUGCUCUCGAUCAAAUACAAUCUGUCUACUAAUUUCUCUGG